AUGUUUAGCAAACUAGAACAAAUUAACCAAGAACUCCAGGAGAUAUUGCAAUCAGAGGUAGCCAUCAACAAAUCGAAUGAGAAAUAUAUAAAGGAUCUGGAAUGUAAGUACACCCGGUGUGAGAAAGAAAUCCAAUCUCUCAAUAAAGAACUGGAACGGCUCGAGAACGCUUCGGAGAAAGAAAAGGCGGAGUUGAGAUCGGAGAUAUUGUCCCUUAAAAGAAGCUUAUAUCAAGCUAAAAAGGAAAUCCGAGAUAAGAUAUCCUAUACCGAUAAUAUAGAGAAGCAAUUACAAGAAUCAGAAGAGCGGGUUCAAAAUUUAAGGCAUAGGUUUAAAGUUAUUUCUUCUCGAAGAAGCUCUCCAAGUUUAUAUAAUUCAGAAGAGGAAGAUACAGAUAUGGCACAUAUAGAUCCCUUUAUAAAUAUCACUAGAGGAUUAAAUCGACUUGAAAACCAUUUCACGGGGGGUACACCAUUAAAUAAUCCUGCCAAUAUCAUCCAAGGUAUGUAUGGCACUUUAAAUACUAUUCGGGCUAAUUAUCAAAGAAUAGACCAGGAUUUAGAUGAUGUUACGAAUCAACGAGAUGCUCGAGAUGCUCAAAUAGUACAAUUACAGCAAGAUGUCAAUUAUUUUAGACAGCAAAAUAUUGCUUUACAAAAUCAUGUUAACCAACUUACACUAGAGCGUAACAAUUCUCAGAAUGAUCUUGCUUUGAUGACUACAGCUUAUUAUAAUGAACGGGAAGAACGUCGUCAUUGGUGGAGGGUAGCUAAACAAUUGGAAAAAGGAAUGCAGGUGCGGAUUAAUACUUUAUUACUUGAUAAGUUUGCACUAAUUUUUAAACUUCGGAGGUGCCAAAGUCAUGGUAGAGAAUUGCAACAAAAAUAUGAUAUGCGUGGACAAUUGUGGCAUAAUGCAAGCCUAGUAUGGGAGGAUCAGUCUAAACUCAAACGUAUUCUUGAAAUUAUUUAUAAAGUAUCCACCCACCGGUUAAAACAAGAAUUACAAAGGUGUCAUAAUCAUGGAGCUAUGUUGGAAUAUUGGCAUGAUAGACGUUUACCAGUAUUAAAAUUAAUACAACCCGCUCUUGCAAGCUUUCCACCCUAUAUUGGUCAAGAACCACCUGAUGAUUAUUUGGAUAAGGUUGUACAAUCAUGGGCAUUUGCUGAGGGACAUAUGACAGUUCUUGAAAAUGCACAUGCAGGAGAUUUCGAUGAUGCAGUUAAGUGUACUAUCUUAAAAUCCAAGAUGGCUGGAAAAUAUGCUCCACUAGAAACUAAUUCACACCAAUUACAAAAUAAAUCGCAAUCAGAUAAUGAUAGUAUACGAGCUGAAAUAAAAAGCAUGAUAAAAUCAGAAUUAGCUGUAGUACCCACCACUUCCCUUCAGCCUACACAAUUUCAGAAAACACAAGCUCUACAGUCUAGGCAGAAACAAUCUGAUCCUAUUGAUUACCCUAGAGUACCAGAUAAAUAUAUGCCAGAAAGACCACCAGACGGAUAUGGUGUAUAUUCUGAAAAAAAUAUCCAUGCGAAUCUUAUAAACCCAACUCCUACAUCUAAUCAGGUUAUAGAAUCUGUAGCGAAAGAUGUUUACGAAAAAGUAAUGGAUAAAAUUUCCUCUUUUCUACCCAAGAAGAAAAAUAAUACUCCUAAUAAUGAUGAUAUGGAUGAAAUUACUAAGGGUAUGUCAGAAUUAUCAAUAAAUAAGGCUAUAGCCAAAGGUAUAUCACAGGGAAUAAAAGCGGUACAUGAUAAUAAUGUAUCAUCUCAGCAUAGAUGUUCGAAUUGUUAUAGUCUUGGACAUAAUUCUCGCAAGUGUCCAUAUCCUCGAAAAAGGAACAGAAAAAAUAGAAAGAGUAGAUCCAAAAAGAGAGGCAGUGUUAAUAAGGUUGCUGUAGAUUCGGGUUCAGAUACAAACUCUUCCGAUAAUGAUUCUUCAGAUAAUAACUCCGAUUCUGGGGAUUCCUCGUCUGAAGUUGAAUCUGAUCAUAGUUUUGAUAAUAUUAUGAAUAUUAUUAAACUAGAUGUAGCUAUACACAGUAUGGAUUUCGUUGGAUUUGAUUCCAUACCGAAAAAUAUAGGGAUUAUUCAAAGAGCUUGGAGACGAUUUCAAGAGAAAGAGCCAUCGAAUGCACAGCUUGCAUGGAAUAGCUUACCGAAUGAUAAUACUCCAGAUGAUAAGAAAUUUUUAGGUUUAACUCAACAUAAAAUAAAAAAUCCUCAGACUCGAGAACAAUUUAAUCAGUGGCGUACUAAAUGGAUUGAAUUAUAUAAAAACGAUCCCAUGAUGCGCAGUUCCAUUAUUAAUAGACAAUAUGAAGAAUAUUAUAUUCCAUAUAAUUGGAUAGAUUCUAAAAAGAGUCAAUUGUGGACUAGAUUCCAAAAGCGACUUUUAGAAAUAGAAGCGUAA